AUGACCCCCACGAAGCCGUUCAAUUUCACUGUGGAAGAAGAAGAAAGCAAUGUCGCAGCUGCUCAGAGGAAGCUUUAUGGAGAAGGACCCAAUAAACUCACUCCUCAGGCCGCAGCAGAUAUUCCUUCAAAUAUUGUGAGUGACAGGAAGACUUUUUUGCCCCAGCCGCAUAACCUCCCCAACAUGAAGCCCCCAUCGCGAAUGUUCAAGCCAGGAUCCAUACCCAAUCUGGGCCGUCCCAUGAAGGCCAACACUGCACACGUUCUGCAGCAGACCAGAGUCCUGUCCAGCACGUAUAAUUUGAGAUCUACAGCUGCAGCUGCAUUGGGAGUAAAGCCGCCAGUGUCCAGCCUGCGAAAACCAUCGGCGAGCAGUGUGACCUCGAGCCUCCAGAGAGCAGGACACGGCCUGAAACCACCUCAAGCUAAAGUCGCCCACUCAGCUCUCUCAGGCGCUGACAAACCUGCUGGAGGUCCUCACCCUGUGGCUAAAACAUCGUCAUCACCAAGAAAACAUCCUUUACCCAAAACUGAUGUCAUGCCAGCAGCAAAGAAGAAGAAGAUGGAUCUUUCAUCCAACACUUCUGCAGCCUCCUCCUCAGACUCUAAAGCCAACAACCUGAAGCCUCCAACACAAAACCAGAGAACUUUACCUGCAAAACCGCCAAAACACUACGCUGCAUCUACUGCUACAGCCAUUUGUGAACCAAGCAGCCGGGUGCGGACUUUGAAGGCACCAGCAGGAAGUCUCAGAGCCCCAUCUACUAAACCACACAAGGGGUGUAGUAACUGCGCUUUACUCGAGGAACAACUCCGAUUGAUAACAGAGGAAAAUAAACUAUUAAAAGAAGGUAUUUAUUUAUCAGGAACAUCCUAA